AUGUCGCAGCUGGAUGUCAUUGAAGGUCAACCGGACUAUACUGAAAUGAAAGGGAGGAGAUCUGAAUGUCCACCACAAACAGAUGGUAGUUGUCGUAUAGUUAAAGUGAAUAGCCCUCAGUUGACCAGCUACUGCAAAAAUGACAUCAGUACUGCAAAGUACAACUGUUUCACUUUCCUCCCUAAAUUCUUAGUCGAACAGUUUCGCAGAUAUGCUAAUAUAUUUUUCCUAGUCAUUGCUCUUCUCCAACAAAUUCCUGGAGUUUCACCCACCGGAAGAUUUACAACGCUUGUCCCUUUGUGUAUAAUACUAACUGUUUCAGCUAUCAAGGAAAUGAUUGAGGAUUUCAGAAGGCACCGAGCUGACGACGCCACGAACAAUGAAAAAACUCUUGUGUUGCGUGACCAAGUCUGGGUCGAGACAUGUUGGAAAGAUCUAAUGGUUGGGGAUCUUGUAAAAGUUUGUAGUAAUCAAGGAAUCCCUGCCGAUCUUGUUCUUUUGGCAUCUAGUGAACCCCAAGCUAUGUGUUAUAUUGAGACGAGCAAUCUAGAUGGAGAAACAAACUUAAAACUACGCCAAGGUUUACCAGCUACAAGUCAUCUCUUAACUGCUGGUGAGCUGAGUUCUUUUGAGGCUGUUGUUGAAUGUGAAUUACCGAAUAGGAAGCUAGAUGAAUUUGUUGGUGUCAUUCGAACCACUAAUGGAAUGUCAUAUCCCUUAAAUCCAACACAACUAAUUUUACGUGGUGCAUCGCUGAAAAAUACAAAAUGGAUCUUUGGCUUAGCAGUGUACACUGGCAAAGAAUCAAAAGUUAUGCUAAAUUCCACUGCAGCUCCACUUAAACGAUCAUCCGUUGAACGUCAAACAAAUAAUUAUAUAUUGAUUCUUUUUGGCGUACUGCUAUUUUUGACUUUAUUCACAUUCAUUGCUAACUUAGUCUGGACAUCAUCGAAUGAAAGUAAAAUGUGGUACAUGCAAGAAAGUGCUGGCAGUAGAACCGCUGUUCGUCGUUUACUGGACUUUAUCACAUGCCUGAUUUUGUAUAAUACGAUCAUACCGAUCAGUCUACCGGUUAUGCUUGAAGUUGUACGAUUUAUUCAAGCAUGGUAUAUAAAUUCGGAUCUGGAUAUGUAUGAUCCUGACUCAGAUACACCAGCUAUGGCGCGCACGUCUAACUUGAAUGAAGAAUUGGGUCAAGUCCGUUAUUUAUUCUCUGACAAAACUGGGACAUUGACGCGUAAUGUAAUGGAAUUCAAACGAUGUUCAAUUGGAGGUGUUUUAUAUGGGAAUGAUGGAGAAGAUUCUAACGCUUUAAAUGAUCAAAAACUAAUCGACAAGUUGAAUAAUGGUGAUCUGUUAGUUGAUCAGUUUUUCACUGCACUAGCUGUAUGUCAUACUGUUGUACCAGAACGUCAGUUACCUAAAAGUAACAGUAGUCAUAAUAAUGCUGCUGUAGGUGGUUCUGAUGAACAAGUGAUUGGUGAACAAGCCAUUGUAUAUCAAGCAUCAUCACCAGAUGAAGCAGCUUUAGUUAAGGCAGCGCGUGCACUUGGCUAUGUAUUCACCACUCGAACACCAACAGAGGUCAUGAUCAAAGUUCGUGGUGUUGAGAGACAAUACACAGUAUUACAUGUUCUUGAAUUCACCAGUUUUCGUAAACGUAUGGGUGUUGUUCUUCGAGAACCAAAUGGACGUAUUUUAGUUAUGGUCAAAGGAGCUGAUACAGUUAUCUUUGAACGCCUCGCCAGUACUAGUCUAUACUCUCAGGCUACUAUGGAUCACUUAGAGAAUUUCGCUAAAACGGGUCUACGAACGUUGUGCAUUGCUUGGACUGAAGUUGAUCCAACAUUUUAUAGUAAAUGGGCAGAAAAUUUUCACAAAGCCAGUACUGCACUUGUCGACCGUGAGGCAAAGUUAGAAACCGUAGCAAAUGCCAUUGAGCAGAAUCUGAAACUUCUCGGUGCAACUGCCAUUGAGGAUAAAUUACAAGUAGGCGUUCCACAGACAAUCUCUAAUUUAAUGCGAGCAGGUAUUUCUGUUUGGGUUCUUACAGGAGAUAAACAAGAAACAGCUAUUAACAUUGGUUAUUCGUGUCAACUGCUAACAUCAUCUAUAACCUUAUUGACUAUGAAUACAAAAUCAUUGGAUCAGACACGUGAACAAUUAGUUAAUUUAAUUGAAGAUUUUGGUGAUCGAAUUCGAAUGGAAAAUGAUUUUGCUUUGGUAGUUGAUGGUCAAACAUUAGAGUAUGCACUACUGUGUGAAUGCAGAGAUCAAUUUCUCGAUGUGGCAUUGUCGUGUAAAUCAGUGAUCUGUUGCAGAGUCAGUCCUUGGCAAAAAGCUCAACUCGUGAAAUUAGUCAGAGAAUCUAUAAAAGAUGCAGUCACAUUGGCCAUAGGAGAUGGAGCUAAUGAUGUUGGUAUGAUACAAGCAGCUCAUGUUGGUGUUGGCAUAAGUGGUAUGGAAGGCAGACAAGCAGCUUGUGCAUCAGAUUAUGCAAUUGCUCAGUUUCGUUUCUUGAAUAAACUACUAUUAGUACAUGGUGCAUGGAAUUACAAUCGAUUAACCAAACUUAUCCAGUAUUCUUUUUAUAAAAAUAUUUGUCUUUAUUUAAUACAAUUUUGGUUUGCCCUACUCAGUGGAUUUUCUGGUCAAAUUAUAUUUGAACGUUGGAGUAUCGGUUUAUACAAUGUGAUCUUUACUGCAGCGCCUCCAAUGGCUCUGGGAUUAUUCGAUAGAAGUUGUAGUGUUAGUAAUUGUUUAAAAUAUCCAGAAUUGUACAGAGAUACACAAGCAUCUGCUUCAUUCAAUCGAAAAGUAUUUUUAUGUUGGAUUGUCAAUUCAGUGUAUCAUUCCUCACUUUUGUUCUGGAUUUCAUUGAUAGCCUUUUCUACAGAUACCAUCUAUGGAAAUGGUCAAACUUCAAGCUUAUUGGUCCUGGGUAAUAGUGUGUACACAUAUGUGGUUAUUACAGUCUGUUUGAAAGCUGGUUUAGAGCAUACAGCAUGGACGUGGUUAUCUCAUUUGGCUAUAUGGGGCAGUAUUGCUUGUUGGUUCCUUUUUCUCGCCAUCUAUCCACACGUUUAUCCAACAUUACCACUGGGUUCAGAUAUGGUUGGAAUGGAUUCGGCAGUCUAUGGAUGUGGUAUUUUUUGGUUUGGUCUAUUACUGAUUCCUACGUUUGCGCUUACACGUGAUGUUGCAUGGAAAAUGGCUAAACGUAUCGUAGCCGGCACACUACGUGAACAAGUUAUGCAAAUGGAACAAAUGCAGGUGGAUCCAGGUCGACUAAUUAGAGCCAGUUUUCGUCCAAAAUUAUCAGAUCGUUCCGCAAUCCAAAGGAUUAUGCGUCGAAGUACAGGUUCACAGGCUUUACUUCAUCUUUGCCUUGGUUCUAGUGUAAGUGAGACCACAACACCGACAACUAUACGGAAUUCUCGACACACAGAUCAUGGUUAUGCCUUUUCUCAAGAAGAACAUGGUGCUGUUAGUCAAUCUCAAUUGAUCCGUGCCUAUGAUUCAACGCGUACAAAGCCAGAAGGCAGAUAA